GAAGGGGAGAUGUUACUUAAUUGAUUGACUUGUGUUUGUGAAGAGAUCGAAACGGAUGUGAAUUGAUGUUUUUGAGGGAUUGGUGAGAGGUGGUGUCAUUGCAUAUUGUUCUCUUCUUGCCAUUAGAUUCCCGGAGGAGGAAAGAUAAUUCGUUGGUGGUCGGAACAUCUUCCAAAAAGAUAUCAAACAUCGCGACAUCCCAACAUCACAACACCACAACACCACCCACAAAAUGCCCCCCCGAAUACACCGCCCACAACUCUUCACCCUGCCCCGCCACCGCCGGCCAUACGCCUCCUCGACCCGCCAACGCCCACCACAACCACCACCGCGCAAACCAUCCACCGCCAGCUCAUCAUCUUCAUACAAUUACACCCACCUCCCCCUAACCCUCCUAACAACCCUCUCCCUCCUCCUCUUCACCCGCGACAACCUCUUCAGCAUCGACAUCGUAAACGGCGCCUCCAUGUCGCCCACCCUCUCCCCGCACGCCCACGCCCGCGGCGAGCGCGACGUCGUCCUCAUAUCCCGCCUCUCGUCCUUCUCCUCUGGCGUCUCCAGGGGGGACGUCAUAACCUUCCGCAAGCCGCACGCGCCCGAGGAACUCAGCAUCAAGCGCGUGCUCGGCGUCGCGGGGGACGUCGUGUUCCCCAAGCGCGGGGUCGGGAGCUGGGAAGACGAUCCUGUUACCAGGGGGCGGAGGGUGUUUUCGUACACGGACGGCUUGCCACCUCUCCUACCUUCCUCCAGCGACGACGAGCUGGGGGGUAGGGUAGAGGAGGGAGGAUGGGAGGGCGUGAAGGUGCCGACGGGACAUGUGUGGGUGGAGGGCGACAAUUGGCGGCGGAGCUAUGAUUCUAGGGAUUUCGGCCCCGUGAGCCUGGCGCUGGUUGAUGGGAGAGCGGUGGGUGUUUGGAGGGGGUGGGGGAGGGGUUUUGUGGGUGUUGGGGAUAAGAGGACGGGGAGGGGGGAUAGGGCGGGGGAGAGUAGGGUUGUUGAGGGGAGGGCGGGGGAUGGGAGGUUGCCGGAGGCGUUUUUGGAGUGA